CUCAUUUCUUAUUUAAGACGGAGUAAUGAUACGUCUUGGGAAAUUGAAACGUGGCUUUCUGCAGAGAGUAAUCGGAUUCUAUCUCUCUCAUCCGUCCAUCCAUGGCCGGCAAUAACAAAGGCACGCAAAAUCCUCGUCUCUUCUCCACACUCUUCCUUACUCACUUCUCUCUCAUCUCUUACCUAAUCUUUUUCUUCCUGAACGUAACAACUUGCAACGCCGCUGAUUCUCAUUACUCCUCGCCGUACCAUCCAACCGAGACUAUGUUUCUCAGCUGCGGCUCCCCUUCCACUACUCCAUCUCUUGCUAACGACCUCAAUUGGACCAGCGACACUUCCUCUAAGUUUGGUCCAUUUCCUUCCUCAACAACUACCACAUCUACAGCCUCCACCCAAGACUCCUCCGUCUCCAUUAUACCUUACAUGACUGCUCGCCUCUCCACCUCUCAGUUCAACUACACCUUCCCCGUCUCAAACGGCAUGAAAUUCAUACGCCUCCACUUCUACCCAGCCAACUAUUCCGGCCACGACGAUAUAGCCAACUCCUUCUUCUCCGUCACCGUCAACAACCGCUUCACUCUCCUACAAAACUUCAAUGCCUAUCUCACCUCACUUUCCAUCAACACUCCCAAAUUCAUCAAAGAAUUCUGCGUCAACGUAGAGGGCCAAAAGUUAACCCUUUCUUUCACCCCAUCUCCUAAUUCAUUCGCUUUCAUCAAUGGAAUUGAGAUCGUUUCCAUGCCCACCACCAUCUAUAUCCAGGGAGUAGUUGUCGACCUUCCAACCGUUGGACAGAGUUCUUCAACAACCAAUUAUAUCAAUUACACCACCGCCCUUGAAAUGGUUCAACGACUCAACGUCGGUGGCAACACUUUAUCAGCCGGAGCUGAUACGGGUAUGUUCCGCGAAUGGAUUAAAGAUGAUGCUUUUUUGACGAGUGGAUAUGGCGUUACUCCCUCCUUGCCAGACACCAAGAUUAAGUACACGGAGGUAACUCCGGCAUACAUUGCACCGGAGGAUGUCUACCGAUCGGCCAGAACCAUGGGCAGUGAUAAGAAUGUCAACCUCAACUAUAAUCUGACCUGGUCAUUCAGUGUGGACUCUGGGUUCAAUUACCUUGUUAGGCUCCAUUUCUGCGAGUUCCAACCGGAGAUACGGAAGCCGGGAGACAGGGUGUUUCAAAUAAUCAUCAAUAAUCAGACUGUGGAGCAUUAUGAGGAUAUCAUCCUAGACAGUGGUGGAAACGGAACCCCGGUGUACAGAGACUACUUUGUGUUGAACGAUCAAGGAGGGAGAUCAGGAAAGUAUGAUCUCUCAGUUGCUCUACACCCUAAUGGAGAUUCGAUCACUAGUUUUACUGAUGCAAUCUUAAACGGUCUUGAGUUAUUCAAGCUGAGCCACAGCGACGGCAACCUCGCCGGUCCCAAUCCUGAACCCUUGGUCCAAACCCCAUUCCCUCCGGCUAACCCAUCCAAGAAUCCCAAGAAUAGUAACCGGAGAACUUUUCUGCUUGCUCUCGCCGGAAGUUCAGUGGGGUUUGUGAUUUUGUUCUCUCUUUUAUGGACCUUCAUCUGGUGUCGCCGCCGCCGGCGAAGGAACAGGAUGGUGAAGGACUCCGGUACCGCUGGAGAGAAGGCUUUGACGUUAUCGUCAUGGUGGGGCCCGUGUACAGACACCACUACCACCAACAACACUUGUAGAUCUUCUUUACCGUCAGAUCUAUGUCGUCACUUCUCGCUUGCUGAGAUUAGAUCCGCCACCAACGACUUCGAUCAAAACUUGCUUAUCGGUGUUGGGGGAUUUGGCCACGUGUAUGAGGGCUACGUGGGAAGCGAAUUAACCCCUGUGGCUGUAAAACGAGCGAAACUAACGUCAUCACAGGGGAGCCGUGAGUUCCAGAACGAGAUAGAGAUGCUCUCCAAACUCCGUCAUCUCCAUCUCGUGUCACUGAUAGGAUACUGCGACGACGCAGGAGAGAUGAUACUCGUCUAUGAUUACAUGGCCCACGGUACACUCCGUGAUCAUCUCUACAAAUCCAAUGAACCCCUCCUAUCUUGGAAGCAGAGGCUCAACAUCUGCAUAGGUGCAGCUCGUGGCCUACACUACCUUCAUACGGGUGCGAAACACACGAUCAUCCACCGUGAUGUGAAAACCUCCAAUAUACUCUUGGAUGACAAAUGGGUGGCCAAGGUUUCGGAUUUCGGAUUGUCUAAGGUUGGGCCCACUAGUGUGUUGGACACCCACGUCAGCACCGCUGUUAAAGGUACUUUUGGGUACCUAGACCCUGAGUAUUUUCUACUUCAGAAACUGACGGAGAAGUCAGAUGUCUACUCUUUCGGAGUGGUGUUGUUCGAAGUACUGUGCGCUCGACCCGUUUUGGAUAAGACGCUUGAGAAGGAAGAAGUGUGCUUGGCUGAGUGGGCCCGAUUGUAUCACCGAAAGAAGAAGCUUUACAAGAUCAUCGAUGCCCAUUUAAGUGGUAAGAUUGCACCGGAGUCUUUAGAAAGAUUCGCAGAGCUCGCAGAUAACUGCUUGGUUGAUGAUGGCAUCAAACGGCCUUCGAUGAAUGAUGUGGUGUGGGGCCUUGAGUUUGCCCUACAGUUGCAAGAGACAGCCGAGAAGGACUAUGGUAGUCUCACUCUUACUCCCAGCGAGGAGAGCGAUGACGAGAUACCUCUUAGCGCCUCCUUCGCUGCCGGCAUAAGAGAGGACUUACCCAGCUACGCUGACUCCUCCGCCUUUUCAGGACCUGAGAGACACGUGUUCACCUAGUUAAAGAGUGGGACCGGUCGGCCGUGGACAGAGCAUCGGCAGCGAGGAUCCCAGUAGGGUCAUGUCGGGACAUGUCUUUUCCGAGAUCAUGAACCCGAAUGGACGGUUGGAUGAUGGGCUUUGUUUAGCUGAGCCCUAGAGAGCUUUAUUAGUGCGUACCCUCAGCUCAUAUCUUACGGUGGGUCCCAGAUUCCAAUUCUAAAUAGAAGGUAACAACAAUAGAUAGAUCGAGCCGGGUCGUCCACUCCUUUCUCAUAUCCUGUCCAGAUUUCACGUGGAGGAUGGAUCAUUGGACUACAAAAUGUUACUAAGUGGGCUCCAAGGGUUUUGUCCAUGGUUGACCAGAAAGUCAAGUGAUUGUGACUGUACAUGUAUUGCGAAUUUUCUUUUGAUUAUUAACUUAUGAAUCUUCAUUUUGUUGGGUAA